CUACUAUUCCCUAUCCAGACACAACACGUGCUGAACUAGAAGCAAUUAUCUCUUUUCUUUUCGCAACUCCCAAUAAUACUCAUAUACAUAUUCAUCUAGACAAUAAGACAGCAAUUAAAAACUUAAAACAGAAGUACUAUACCAAACCCCUACAAAACCAAAACUGUGACAUUUUACUUACUAUUAACCAAAUUAAAUCUAUUAAAAAUCUCACUUUUACCCUUCACAAA